CUCUCUCUCUCUCUCUCUCUCUCUCUCUCUCUCUCAAUCGUACAGCUAUGGCAAGCAGUACUGCCAAUGGAAGAGGAGGAGGAGAAGAGGAAGUGAAUAAAUUAGCAGCUCAGAUCGGCAAAACCCUAAAAGAAGGAGAAAGAAUUCUCGCCCCCACCAGAAGACCCGACGGCUCUCUUCGCAAGCCCAUUCGAAUUAGGGCUAAUUAUGUCCCUCAAGAUGAAAUCGCCAUUUACCAGUCCAAAGGCACUCUCCAGAAGGAGAUGGCGGCGUCGCAGGAAGUGCCACCAGGUUACGAUCCGGUGUUGGAUGCAAAACCUAAGACCAAAUCUGCUAAAAGGAAUGAAAGAAAGAAGGAAAAGCGUGCACAGGCUUCUCUUGAUAAGGAUAUGAAUUUGUGCAAUAAUGAAGUAUUAUCAGCUGAUGAUGCAAUUGGGGGAUCAGAAUCUGCCGAGUCAGUGGCUUCCCAGAUAAAUGGGCUCACUAUCUCUGCAAGUGCUAGAGUUACCCCUCCCUCAAACUCGACAGAAUAUUCAACUCCUGGGGAUCCUGUUCCAGAUGUUGACAAAAAAAUUCGAGCACUGAAGAAAAAGAUACGGUUGGCAGAAUCGCAACAGGAGCAAAUUGUGCAGCAAGAAAUGAAGCCAGAACAAUUGGAGAAGAUGACUAAAUUGGAAGGCUGGCGCAAGGAGCUAAAGCUCUUGGAAGAUAAAAAAGCUGAACUUGCAACAUCAUGAACUGAGAUCAGCUAUGGCUCUAGACGUAGUUUGUGUCCGACACAUGUUUCCAGAAAUUCGCUCAUCCCACCAUUCGACAAAAUCCCGGUUCGGGCCUUGUGCACCAGAAUCAUGUAAAAUGUAGUUUUCUCUUCACUGUAAAAUGGGUAUGCUAACAGAUCAUAAAGCCAUGACACACCAUGCCCUUUUGGAGUUAAAAGUGCCGGUUUCUACUUUGUGGUGUAUCGCUUGAGA